UUCUGAUUCCUUCCGACUUUUCCCAACUCAUUUCACAGAAAUACUAAUCAAAUAUAUACAUAUCACUGUCCUCUUCCUCUUUCACAAGCCAUGUGAACCGCCGAAGCCAAACCCCUCUCUCCCUCCUUUUAUUAUAAAAACCACAUUCGUUUCCCUCACACUCACAAAAAGCUAUUCAGGAACCAAAAUCCAAAAUGGGUUUUAGGCUCCAAGCUCUGUUCCUCACAUUUCUUCAAGCUCUGGUCUUGUUUUCACAGGAAGCAGUGUCAGCUGGCCACCAUGGCAGCCCUUUGAAACGUGGAAGAAAGCAAGUGACCAGCUGCAAUUUGUUCCAAGGCAAUUGGGUGUUCGACCCUUCUUGGAAUCCCCUAUACGAUUCCUCGAGCUGUCCCUUCAUUGAUGCCGAGUUUGAUUGCAUAAAGUACGGAAGGCCGGACAAGCAGUUCCUCAAGUACGCAUGGAAACCCGACUCUUGCAACCUGCCAAGGUUUGAUGGGAGUGAUUUUCUGAAGAGAUGGAGUGGGAAGAAGAUAAUGUUCGUGGGGGACUCGCUGAGUCUGAACAUGUGGGAAUCGUUGUCGUGUAUGAUACAUGCGUCGGUGCCAAAUGCCAAGAACACUUUUGUGAAGAAGGACCCGAUAUCAUCUGUGAACUUUCAGGAUUAUGGAGUGACCUUGUUUCUAUUCCGCACGCCGUAUCUCGUAGAUAUAGUCAGAGAAGACGUCGGCCGUGUGUUGAAGCUGGACUCUAUCGAGGCCGGAAAGUAUUGGAAAGACAUGGACAUGUUGGUCUUCAACUCAUGGCAUUGGUGGACCCAUAAGGGAAACGAUCGGCCAUUUGAUUAUUUUCAGGACGGGACAAACUUGUACAAAGAUAUGGACCGUUUGACAGCAUAUCUCAAGGGGCUUUCCACUUGGGCAAAAUGGGUUGACACAAAUGUUAAUCCUUCUAAGACCAAAGUUUUCUUUCAGGGGAUUUCUCCGACCCAUUACCAGGGCCAGGAAUGGAACUCCCCGAAGAAGAAUUGCCAGGGAGAACUUGGGCCGCUAACUGGAUCGACAUACCCAGCAGGGGCACCUCCAGAAGCUGGUGUUGUAAGUAGAGUGUUGAGUACUAUUAAGAAUCCAGUUUAUUUGCUCGACAUUACGACACUCUCACAGUUAAGGAAGGAUGCUCAUCCCUCAACAUAUAGCGGUGACCAUUCAGGUAACGAUUGCAGCCACUGGUGUCUGCCUGGGUUGCCUGAUACAUGGAACCAACUCUUAUAUGCAUCACUCAUCAUGUGAAAAUCAAACACUGAGCAACAAUAGCAACCAGUCCUAGUUUUCCUUUGUUUAUAUACAUUGCUCGUGUAUUAAAGGGGUUCAGAUUUCAGAUUCA